GCCACGAGCGCCGACGCAGGACCGGAAGUGACGUGGACGUUUCCGGGACUGAAACGAAUUUUACCUGAUUCCUGUAUGUUGUCAUCUUGUGUACGCCGGGUCCCCACAGCAGUCCGGUUUAUAGAUUCCCUUAUCUGCAAUUCUUCCCGUUCCUUCAUGGAUUUGAAGGCUCUCCUUUCUUCCUUGAAUGACUUUGCCUCCCUCUCCUUUGCUGAGAGUUGGGACAAUGUUGGAUUACUGGUAGAACCAAGCCCACCACAUACUGUAAAUACCCUCUUCCUGACGAAUGACCUGACUGAGGAAGUGAUGGAGGAGGUGCUGCAGAAGAAGGCAGACCUCAUUCUCUCCUACCAUCCGCCUAUCUUCCGACCCAUGAAACGCAUAACCUGGAACACCUGGAAGGAGCGCCUGGUGAUCCGAGCUCUGGAGAACAGAGUGGCUAUCUACUCUCCUCACACAGCCUAUGAUGCCGCACCCCAGGGAGUCAACAACUGGUUGGCUAAAGGGCUUGGAGAUUGUACCUCCAGGCCCAUACAUCCUUCCAAAGCUCCCAACUACCCUACAGAGGGAAACCACCGAGUAGAAUUUAGCAUUAAUCACAGCCAAGACCUGGACAAAGUCAUGUCUGCAGUGAAAGGAAUUGAAGAUGUUUCUGUCACUUCUUUUUCUGCUAGGAUUGAUGAUGAGGAACAAACACGGAUUAGUUUGAAUUGUACUCAGAAGGCUUUGAUGCAGGUGGUAGAUUUUCUUUCCCAGAACAAACAACUUUAUCAGAAGACAGAAAUUCUGUCACUAGAGAAGCCUUUGCUUCAACAUACCGGAAUGGGACGGUUAUGCACACUGGAUGAAUCUGUCUCCCUGGCAACCAUGAUUGAUCGAAUCAAAAGACACCUAAAACUAUCUUAUGUUCGCUUAGCCCUUGGGGUGGGGAGAACUUUAGUUCUUUUGAGAACAAAAAGAGGGAACAGACAUUUGUUCAACACCUGCAGUGAGCCUAGCAUGGUACUGAUUGUCUGUCCUAAGUAUGUGAGCUCCCACCAGCAAAAGGAGUGGGGCACAGCAGUUACAGGUGAGAUGUCCCAUCAUGAUAUUUUGGAUGCUGCUUCCCAAGGAAUAAAUGUCAUCCUCUGUGAACAUAGCAACACUGAACGAGGCUUUCUUUCUGACCUUCGAGAUAUGCUGGGCUCUCACUUGGAGAAUAAGAUAAAUAUUAUCCUCUCAGAGACUGACAGGGACCCUCUUCAGGUGGUAUAAAUGCAAAAACAUCAGGAUAACACAUUCUACAAAUCAGUUGGAUGCCAACUUGAAUUUGUAACAUGAGUCAGUGGGACUGGUGUGCCUCCAGAAGAGUGUCUUAGACAGUAUCAUCAUUUUUUGUUUGUUAAUCUGAUUCACCAAAUGUUCUAUCACUCAUGAGAUAAAAACUGUAAUGUAACUACCAUAUUAAAUAACAAGUAUUCAUUAUAAACUCUAGGAAAGAUUGAAUAAAAUCUGUUUACUUAACAUUCU